AUGAUAUUUAUAACUCUAGAACAUAUAUCAGCUCAUGUCUCUUUUUCUCUUACUUUUGUUGUCACUCUCAUUUAUUGGGGAACCUUAGUUUAUAAAAGUGAAGAACUAAGUAAUUCGGGAGGAAAGGGCAUGAUAGUGACGUGUAUUUGUAUAACGGGAGUAUUAGUUACUCGUUCGCUCUAUUCGGGGCAUUUACCGUUAAGUAAUUUGUAUGAGUCAUUCAUGUUCCUUUCAUGGACUUCCUCCAUGAUUCAUAUAGUUAUAGAAGUACGGGGCCAGGAUGCUUGGUGGUUAGGUGCAAUCACCGCGCCAAGUGCUAUGUUAACUCAUGGUUUUGCUACUUUAGGUCUUCCAGAUAAAAUGCAGCAAUCUGCAAUGUUAGUACCCGCUUUACAAUCUCAUUGGUUAAUGAUGCAUGUAAGUAUGAUAUUGCUCAGUUAUGCAACUCUUUUAUGUGGAUCCCUAUCAUCGAUAGCUUUUUUGGUCAUUACGUCCCAAAUAAAUCAAAAGAUUUUUAUUAAUGUGAAGAAUUCCUUUUUCUUCAAUAAAAAUGGGAAUUCACAUGACCAAGAAAAAAAGGAAUUGAAGCAUACUUUCGGCCUUUCAUUUAUAAAUUAUCGUAAAUGGUUAUUUACUAACCAAUUAGACCAAUUGAGUUAUCGUGCCAUUGGUCUAGGAUUUUCUCUUUUAACUAUAGGUAUACUUUCCGGGGCAGUAUGGGCCAACGAAGCAUGGGGAUCUUAUUGGAGCUGGGAUCCAAAAGAGACUUGGGCGCUAAUAACUUGGAUUAUAUUUGCAAUUUAUCUACAUACUAGAAUAAACAGGGGUUGGAAAGGGGAAAAACCGGCAAUUGUUGCUUCUCUAGGAUUUAUUCUAGUUUGGACCUGUUACUUAGGGGUUGAUUUAUUAGGAAUAGGGUUACACAGCUAUGGCUGGUUGAUUUAG